AGAUAAGAAGAUUCAUUUUCAAUGCCCUUGCAGCUGCUCCUGAUGGCAUGGCCGGCACACUUCUCACUGAGUGGGGAUCCAAGGCUGAUUCAUCGCAAAGACCAGGCACUUUAAGCAUCUGCCCUGUGCCUGAUGUUGUGCUAGGGGCUGGGUCUGCAGCCAAACGCAUGGACAGGAUGGAUCUAGUCCUGGCCCUCUGCUAUUGAGCACGGUUGUUGGAAACAAGAGGAUCACCAGAGGCAGGAUGGGAUUAUCAUGGCAUCUGCAUUACUGAUUCUGUUGUGGGCUAUGGUGAUACUGAGAGCAGACUCACUUCCUGAUAAAAAAUCUUUACUUCUCCCACCUACCAAUUUCACCAUCAACGUUAUUGGUCUAGCCCAAGUUCUUUUGCGCUGGGAACCAAAUCCUGAUCAAGAGCCAGAGAAUGUGGAGCUAGGCUAUCACGUGAGAAUAAAUGCUCCGCAAGAAGAAGAUUAUGAAACCAGAAACACUGAAAGCAAACGCGUAACUGUUCUUCAUCAAGGCUUUUCAGCCAGUGUGCAGACCAUUCCGUGGGAUGGCCACUCCCUCCUUGCAAGCAACUGGGUUUCUGCGGAGCUUAAAGCCCCACUGGGGUCUCCUGGAACCUCAGUUGUGAAUUUAACGUGUACUACAAGGACCACAUUAAAUAACUCUAAUCCGUUAAGGCCAUACCAAGUUUCUCUUUACUGUACCUGGCUCGUUGGCAAGGAUGCCCCCAAGGAUACCCAAUAUUUCCUCUACUAUAGGUAUGGUUCCUCGACCGAAGAAUGCCGGGAGUACAGGAAAGACACACUGAAGAGAAACAUCGCAUGCUGGUUUCCAAGGACUUUUAUCAGAAGCAGAGGGAGUGACUUGCUGGCGGUGCAUGCUAAUGGCUCUAGCCAAUGUGCCACAAUCAAGCCUUUUGAUCAGCUGUUUGCUCUGCAUGCAAUUGAUCGAAUUAAUCCUCCCGUGAAUGUCACAGCAGAGAUUGAAGGAACCCAUCUUUCUAUUCAGUGGGAGAAACCCAUUUCUGCCUUUCCAAUUCACUGCUUUGAAUAUGAAGUGAAGAUUUACAACGCAAGGAAAAAUUAUUUUCAGACAGAAAAAAUGACAACGAAUACAUUCAUCUCGAUAACUGAUGAUAUUUCUAAGUAUUCCAUUCAAGUGAGAGCAGCAGUGAGCUCUGUGUGCAGACAGACGGGGUUAUGGAGUGAGUGGAGCCAAACAGUAUACGUGGGAAACGAUGAUCAGAAGCCCUCCACAGAAUGGUUUCUCAUCAUUCUUGUGGGAACCAUCUGCUUCAUCCUGUUAAUUUUCACUUUCAUCUGUAAAAUAGGUCACUUAUGGGCCAGGCUGUUUCCACCGGUUCCGGCACCGAAAAAUAGUCUUAAAGAUUUCCUUGUAAUCGUCAGCCCUGAGAAAACUGUUUCCAGUGAAACAGAAAUUGAAGUCAUAAGUUAUGUGGAAGAGUCUGGACUUGAGACCCUGGAAGAUUCUGCGUUUUGAUCGGCACUAUAACAUUCUCAAAAAUGAACUCACACUCACAUGCCUCAGCGAUAAGAAGAACAGGAACUGUUGUUUCUUGGCUAAGAAGAGCUCCACAUUUACUGAACACUCAGUUUAGCUGCGAGGCAAUACACUCAGACGAAUCUCUUAGAAGCAUGGAUUCCUCCUCAAAAACUCCUUGCUUCUCAGGGUGGUUGAUCAAUCUGACCAUUCUGACAUGUCUUUUCUUCCUAUGCUGCAGGGUACCAACGUCUCACCUGCCAAUCUCCAUGCUUUACGUUACUUACCUCAAACUUUUGUGCAAGAGACAGUUUUUAAGGCUGAUGUCAACUGGUGGGGCCCGCUUUAUAGCUGAGGCUGCCAAUGGUAAUACUCAACUGAAAUAUCAGCGAGAAAGCAUUCUGCCCAGCCUGGAGUUAAUUAUGAGCUUAGAUUCAAGGCUGUCUUUCCUAGAACAAGUGGGAGCCAUGGUGCUUCCCCCCACUCCCGAGUUCUAGAAUACUUUUUCUUUCAAGUCAUGUGGGGGGGGGUGGAGGGCUAUUUAUGAU